CCCCGGCCAGGGCGGCGCCAGGGCGGGCACCGCGCUCCCCUCCUCCGUAUCACUUCCCCCAACUGGGGCAACUUCUCCCGAGGCGGGAGGCGCUGGUUCCUCGGCUCCCUUUCUCCCUACUUGGGUAAACUUCUCCGCCCUGAAUGACUUUUCCUGAAGCGGACAUUUUACUUAAAUCCGGAGAGUGUGCUGGGCAGACGAUGCUGGACACGAUGGAGGCGCCCGGUCACUCCAGGCAGCUGCUGCUGCAGCUCAACAACCAGCGCACCAAGGGCUUCUUGUGCGACGUGAUCAUCGUGGUGCAGAACGCCCUCUUCCGCGCGCACAAGAACGUGCUGGCGGCCAGCAGCGCCUACCUCAAGUCCCUGGUGGUGCAUGACAACCUGCUCAACCUGGACCAUGACAUGGUGAGCCCGGCCGUGUUCCGCCUGGUGCUGGACUUCAUCUACACCGGCCGCCUGGCUGACGGCGCAGAGGCGGCUGCGGCCGCGGCCGUGGCCCCGGGGGCUGAGCCGAGCCUGGGCGCCGUGCUGGCCGCCGCCAGCUACCUGCAGAUCCCCGACCUCGUGGCGCUGUGCAAGAAACGCCUCAAGCGCCACGGCAAGUACUGCCACCUGCGGGGCGGCGGCGGCGGCGGCGGCGGCUACGCGCCCUAUGGUCGGCCGGGCCGGGGCCUGCGGGCCGCCACGCCGGUCAUCCAGGCCUGCUACCCGUCCCCAGUCGGGCCUCCGCCGCCGCCUGCCGCGGAGCCGCCCUCGGGCCCAGAGGCCGCGGUCAACACGCACUGCGCCGAGCUGUACGCGUCGGGACCCGGCCCGGCCGCCGCCCUCUGUGCCUCGGAGCGCCGCUGCUCCCCUCUUUGUGGCCUGGACCUGUCCAAGAAGAGCCCCCCGGGCUCCGCGGCGCCAGAGCGGCCGCUGGCUGAGCGCGAGCUGCCCCCGCGCCCGGACAGCCCUCCCAGCGCCGGCCCCGCCGCCUACAAGGAGCCGCCUCUCGCCCUGCCGUCGCUGCCGCCGCUGCCCUUCCAGAAGCUGGAGGAGGCCGCACCGCCUUCCGACCCAUUUCGCGGCGGCAGCGGCAGCCCGGGACCCGAGCCCCCCGGCCGCCCCGACGGGCCUAGUCUCCUCUAUCGCUGGAUGAAGCACGAGCCGGGCCUGGGUAGCUAUGGCGACGAGCUGGGCCGGGAGCGCGGCUCCCCCAGCGAGCGCUGCGAAGAGCGUGGUGGGGACGCGGCCGUCUCGCCCGGGGGCCCCCCGCUCGGCCUGGCGCCGCCGCCGCGCUACCCUGGCAGCCUGGACGGGCCCGGCGCGGGCGGCGACGGCGACGACUACAAGAGCAGCAGCGAGGAGACCGGUAGCAGCGAGGACCCCAGCCCGCCUGGAGGCCACCUCGAGGGCUACCCAUGCCCGCACCUGGCCUAUGGCGAGCCCGAGAGCUUCGGUGACAACCUGUACGUGUGCAUUCCGUGCGGCAAGGGCUUCCCCAGCUCUGAGCAGCUGAACGCGCACGUGGAGGCACACGUGGAGGAGGAGGAAGCGCUGUACGGCAGGGCCGAGGCGGCCGAAGUGGCCGCUGGGGCUGCCGGCCUAGGGCCCCCUUUUGGAGGCGGCGGGGACAAGGUCGCCGGGGCUCCGGGUGGCCUGGGAGAGCUGCUGCGGCCCUACCGCUGCGCGUCGUGCGACAAGAGCUACAAGGACCCGGCCACGCUGCGGCAGCACGAGAAGACGCACUGGCUGACCCGGCCCUACCCGUGCACCAUCUGCGGGAAGAAGUUCACGCAGCGUGGGACCAUGACGCGCCACAUGCGCAGCCACCUGGGCCUCAAGCCCUUCGCGUGCGACGCGUGCGGCAUGCGGUUCACGCGCCAGUACCGCCUCACGGAGCACAUGCGCAUCCACUCGGGCGAGAAGCCCUACGAAUGCCAGGUGUGCGGCGGCAAGUUCGCACAGCAACGCAACCUCAUCAGCCACAUGAAGAUGCACGCCGUGGGGGGCGCGGCCGGCGCGGCCGGGGCGCUGGCGGGCUUGGGGGGGCUCCCCGGCGUCCCCGGCCCCGACGGCAAGGGCAAGCUCGACUUCCCCGAGGGCGUCUUUGCUGUGGCUCGCCUCACGGCCGAGCAGCUGAGCCUGAAGCAGCAGGACAAGGCGGCCGCGGCCGAGCUGCUGGCGCAGACCACGCACUUCCUGCACGACCCCAAGGUGGCGCUGGAGAGCCUCUACCCGCUGGCCAAGUUCACGGCCGAGCUGGGCCUCAGCCCCGACAAGGCGGCCGAGGUGCUGAGCCAGGGCGCUCACCUGGCGGCCGGGCCCGACGGCCGGACCAUCGACCGUUUCUCUCCCACCUAGAGCGCCUCCCCCCAGCCCGCUCUGUCGCUGCUGCGCGGCCCUGGCCCGCACCCCAGGGAGCGGCGGGGGCGGCGCGCAGGCCCACUGUGCCCGGGACAACCGCAGCGUCGCCACAGUGGCGGCUCCACCUCUCGGCGGCCUCACCUGGCCUCACUGCUUCGUGCCUUAGCUCGGGGGUCGGGGGAAAUCCCCGGGACGGGGGUGGGAUGGGGUAAGGGAAAUUUAUAUUUUUGAUAUCAGCUUUGACCAAAGGAGACCCCAGGCCCCUCCCGCCUCUUCCUGUGGUUCGUCGGCCCCCUCCCCCGGCUCCGCGCUGCUCAUAGAGGGGGAGGGGUGUCACUGUUGGGGCACUCCUAGCCCUACCUCCGGCCCUCGCGACCACACCCCAUUCUCACUGUGAAUCUCCCCGCUGGGGUCGGAGCGUCGGGCAGAGUUGGGGAGUGGGGAGGGGACUGAGCCGGCCGGAGGGCCCCCCGCACCCCCGCUCCCACCCACCCCGGGACUGAUAAUGUGAAGUUCCUCAUUUUGCACAAGUGGCACUAGCCCCAGGGCCAACCCUUCCUUCCUCAAUCACCAAGGGCGGGGAGUUCUGGAGUCGGAGGGCGAAGAGCCUACCAGGUCUCCCACUCCCGCGGUGCCCUCCCUUCCCUUCCCUGCGGCCCCGGACCAUAUUUAUUGCAUGCGCCCCGGCGGCCCCCCAUCCCGAGCCCAGGCUGGGCUGGGCUGGAACGCGGUCUCUUUAGCUCCCUCCUCUUCGUUUGUAUAUUUCCUACCUUGUACACAGGCUCUUCCAGAGCCGCUUCCAUUUUCUAUACUCGAACCAAACAGCAAUAAAGCAGUAACCAAGGA